AUGCCUAAAAUAAAAAAUUUUCUGAACAACUUUUUUCAUCAAUUAUCUUCGCGCAAGAACUCGGAUUCAACUUCAUUCGCGAUUGUUGAAAGCAACAAAAAUAAUGAACAACGAGAAAUUGGUGAUAAAAGUAAAAAAAAUAAUGAACAUCAAGAAAUUGAUGUUGAAAGCAAUGAAAAUAAUAAACAUCAAGAAGCUAAUGUAGAAACCAACAAAAAUAAUAACCAUCAAGAAAUUGAAGUCGAAAGCAAUAAAAAUAAUGAACACCCAGAAAUUAAAGUCGAAGGCAAUAAAAAUAAUGAACACCCAGAAAUUGAAGUCGAAAUCAAUAAAAAUAAUGAACACCCAGAAAUUAAAGUCGAAAGUAAUAAAAAUAAUGAACACCCAGAAAUUGAAGUCGAAGACAAUAAAAAUAACGAACAACAAGAAAUUGAAGUCGAAAUCAAUAAAAAUAAUGAACACCAAGAAAUUGAAGUCGAAGGCAAUAAAAAUAAUGAACACCCAGAAAUUGAAGUUGAAAGUAAUAAAAAUAAUAAACACCAAGAAAUUGAAGUUGAAAGUAAUAAAAAUAAUGAACACCAAGAAAUUGAAGUCGAAAGUAAUAAAAAUAAUGAACACCCAGAAAUUGAAGUCGAAGGUAAUAAAAAUAAUGAACACCCAAAAAUUGAAGUCGAACACCAAGAAAUUGUAGUCGAAAUCAAUAAAAAUAAUGAACACCAAGAAAUUGUAGUCGAACACCAAGAAAUUGUAAUCGAACACCAAGAAAUUGUAAUCGAAGGCAAUAAAAAUAAUGAACACCCAGAAAUUGAAGCCGAAAGCAAUAAAAAUAAUGAACAUCAAGAAAUCGAUGGAGGCGAAGAGGUUCGUAAUUCUAAGGAACCAAUUACGCACGACUGUGGACGCAACAAAGUUGAAGAAUGGUGCGAAAAAUGUGACCGAGAGCUCUUCCAAUCAAAUUUCUCGAAGUGGACAAGUGGCAAUGAGCACAUUGACGCAUUUAUUCGGGAGACCCAACUUUCAGCGACUACAAAAUUCAACUUUUUAGAAUGGAUUCCUUUCGAUCAAUUAACCGAUAUCGAACGUAUUGGUAGUGGUGGAUUUGGCGAGGUAUUCUCGGCAAGGUGGAUUGCAGGCCCAAGGUCAAAGUGGAAUGCGGAAAAAUCAACGUGGGAGCGAUAUCCGAACGUUAAAGUGGCUCUCAAGAGUCUAAUCAAGUUGAAAGAAGAGGAUGUCACUGGUGAUUUAUUUAAGGAGCUUCUACAUCAUAUGAAGGCAAAUACCCAAGUGUCAGGGCGCAUCACCACUUUGCGAACCUAUGGUAUGAGCUAUGAUCCUGAACAAAAAGCAUACAUGAUUGUGAUGUUAUUAGCAGACGAAGGCGAUCUUGGGGCCUACCUUAAAUCCAAUUUUUCAUCUCUCACAUACAUAAAACGACUCGAGAUUCUCUACGACAUUGCCUCCGGUCUUGUUCAAAUGCAUAAGUCUGGUCUUGUUCACCGUGACCUACACAGCGGAAACGUGUUGUGUACGAGGUACAAGAACGAAGAAGAAAAUCGCGACGAUUAUAGAUGCGUAAUAGUCUCUGGUGCGAAAUCAUUUGGUGAUGUGGAGCAUGGCACCAGUUUGGCAUUGGAAAUUUGCUCAGGUCGGCGACCCGAAAUAAUUCCAAAUACACCAAAAUCAUACGCGGAUUUGAUGAAAAGGUGCUGGGAUGGAGAUAGAGAGAAGAGACCCAGUGCAUGGGAACUCCAUUCUACCAUAGGAAUUUGGUUGAAUCAAUGCUUAUUUUCUCCUAAUUCCGAUAUAGCUGAGGAGUUUGCGCGAGGUGAAGAACACAGAUUGAAAGAACCACUAUUGCAAGUAUUGAGCCCUAGUUACAGUCAACACAGUGUGUUUCUUCACGUGAACGCUCCACCAAGCUCGGAAAUUCCAGUUGAAGAUUAUUCCAACCUCUCAUUACCAGAAAUUGAAAUCGACAUGUCUGAUGACUGA